UUAGGGUGACACAUUGAGGAACUCACCUGUCCUGGUCUCCUCUCAAGCAGCAGGACCACGUCGCGCAACUCACCUGCUCGAGAACCUGUACAGCCUUCUAAGUCACCAUGUCCGACCGGAGCGCAUUCGACACUAAUGUCGUUACCCUCACGAGAUUCGUGCUGGAGGAGGGAAGGAAGGCGAAGGGAACGGGAGAACUGACAACGCUCCUCAACUCCAUCUGCACAGCCGUAAAAGCCAUCUCCACCGCUGUCAGGAAAGCUGGGAUUGCCAACCUCUAUGGCAUUGCUGGGAGCACCAACGUGACAGGUGACCAGGUGAAGAAGCUAGAUGUUCUGUCCAACGACCUGGUCAUCAACAUGAUUAAGUCCUCCUUCACCUCCUGUGUCCUGGUGUCAGAGGAGGACGAGAGGGCACUCAUCGUGGAACCAGAGAAACAGGGAAAAUAUAUUGUGUGCUUCGACCCACUUGAUGGCUCGUCAAACAUUGACUGUCUUGUAUCAAUUGGAACAAUUUUUGCCAUCUACAGAAAGACGACAGACGAUGAGCCCAAUGAGAAGGACGCACUGCAGUCUGGACGUCACAUUGUUGCCGCCGGUUACGCCCUCUACGGCAGUGCCACCAUGAUGGUGCUCUCCACAGGGCAAGGGGUCAACUGCUUCAUGCUGGACCCUUCCAUCGGGGAGUUCAUCCUGACAGACAAGGAUGUGAAGAUCAAGAAGAGAGGAAAGAUCUACAGUCUAAACGAAGGUUAUGCUCAGCACUUCUACCCAGACGUCACAGAGUACCUGAAGAAGAAGAAAUACCCAGAGGAUGGCAGUGCCCCCUAUGGUGGGCGUUAUGUUGGUUCAAUGGUGGCUGAUGUGCACAGGACUCUGGUGUAUGGAGGCAUCUUCUUAUACCCUGCCAAUGUCAAGAGCCCCAAGGGAAAGCUAAGGCUGCUGUACGAGUGCAACCCUAUGUCGUUCAUCAUCGAGCAGGCUGGAGGCAUGGCCACCACAGGGGAGAUGAACGUGCUGGACAUCCAGCCAGACAACAUCCACCAGCGGGUGCCUGUAGUCCUGGGCUCCCCUGAAGACGUCCAGGAGUACAUCGCCAUCUACAAGAAGACACGCAUGUGAGACAGCGCUGGAGCCUUCUCUGGAUCCAUCAUGACCUGCUUGUCCACGAGGGUCGACCUUUGACCCUGACCCUAAGCUAGUAAUCUUUGCAUCAUAUGGAUGGAGCUGUGGAUAUAUAUAUAUAUCAUAGAAUAUAUAUAUCAUACCCAGUUGUUUAGAAGUUGAGGUGAUUUGUUGAUCAGAUAAUCAGUGCAGUGCUGUCCUCUGGAUGAUCCUUGUGAACAAGCAGAGUAGUAUUUUAUUUCCACAGACCUGACCAUCUGACCAACCAGGUCUGGGUCCAAAGACACUGGAGGGGGAAAGAGUUUAGGGGGAGUCAGUCAGAGACCCUAGGGUGCAUCUCAGUAGUCUGAAGUGGCUUUUGCUUCUCUUUUCUUCUCCUUAUACUCUUAUCUGACAAGAUCAGAGAUGGGUGAGAGAGGGGAGGAAGCCUAUAUAAAUUAUUACGAUGCAUCCCAAGUGUCUUACUGUGAACCAAGAUUAGUUUGGAUCACUAAGCUUAGGGACCAACCCCCUCAUGGACCAAAUAUAACCUCAGCCUCCCCCUCGUAAUGGAGGGUUGUUGUGUCAUUUGCACUGAUUGAUCUGAAGGAUGUUUUGAAUAAAACCUUUUGUACAAAUCCCUCAA